AACAGGGUAUUGUAUUGUUGGCUUAGGAAAACACAAAUUAGGAUGGCAGAGGUUAAGUUACAUGGAUUUUGGUAUAGUCCCUUUACUAUGAGGGUGGUAUGGGCCCUAAAGUUGAAGGGCAUAUCAUAUGAGAACAUAGAGGAAGACCGUUUCAACAAGAGUCCUCAACUUCUUCAACACAACCCAGUUCACAAGAAGACUCCUGUGCUCGUUCAUGGUGGAAAACCCAUUUGUGAAUCCAUGAUCAUUGUUGAAUACAUUGAUGAGAUAUGGCCACACAAUCCAUUGCUUCCUGUUGAUCCUUAUGAGAGAGCUUUGGCACGUUUUUGGGUCAGAUAUGCUGAAGACAUGGUUUCUUCUACACUUGCGCCAUUCUUCCGUAGCAACAAUGGUGAAGAGCGAAAGAAGGUCAUAGAGAAGAUAUGGCAGUAUUUCAGAGUGGUUGAGGAUCAGUGCUUAGAUCAUCAAGAAAAAUAUCUUGGGGGGAACACUAUUAACGUUGUGGACAUAGCUUUUGGAUCUGCAGUCAAAUUUAUUUUGGCUUUGGAAGCAAUGUUUGAAGUGGAAGUCUUAGAAGCUCAAAAAUUCCCUCGCUUGCAUUCAUGGUUUUAUAAUUUUAAGAAUGUCCCACUAAUUGCAGAAAACCUACCUGAUCAGGAGAAACUGGUUACUUUUCUUAAGCCUCUUAGAGAAAAAAUGUUAGCAUCUUCCUAAACAAAACAGUAGUAUUUAUAAGGUGAUAUAUAAAUAAAGCAUUUGUAUCUUUCUGAGUCAUCUUAAUUUACAUAUUUCCUUAUGUUACCUAUCUUUGUUUUGGUUUACUUAUUGUAACUGUGGAAGUAAAAGUUUAAGCUAAUAGUAUUUACUUUUAU